CUACUCCUCUACUUCAACCGAGACUUUAGCAUAGCCGCUAUAUUGCUGAGGAACGCCUCUGACACCACAAGUUAUUCGCAGCAGUCCAGAGUUUCUUCGAUCAUUGUUUGCAAUGCUGUACUUAUUGCCACAUCGUCACUGGGCCUUUUUGUACGCUUUUUCGUGAGAAUCCGGUAUCUGGCUGGGAUCGAUCUCGAUGAUGUCUUUUGUGCGAUAAGCUGGGUGUGUCAGAUCACUGUCGAUGCCGCUGCUUAUUUCUCGUGGCUAAUGAACAUUUCCAACAAGGUAUUUGCAUUUGUCGAAUGUCCAGUGUGCAUCUUGAUGACACAAUACGGCUAUGGCACACAUAUUGAUACUAUCCACGAUAUCAAAGAACUACAAAUGUUUCUUAAGCUUGACUUUGUCACCGAAAUCAGCUAUCUGCUCUCGCUCGGAGCCAUCAAGAUCUCAUUCUCGUGGGAUGCCGUCGGCACCGGGGAGGUCAAAUGCCUGUCUCUCUUUGGAUUCUAUUAUAUUUCGUUUGGAAUUCGAUUAGCGACGAAUAUUGCGCUUUUUACGCUCCCUAUCCCUUACCUGCUUCGGCUGCAGAUGACCAUAGGCAAACGAGCGGGCCUGAUUUUCAUGUUUGCGCUCGGUAUUCUGUUGGUAGCCACCAGUAUCAUCCGCGCUACAUAUCUCAACAACUUCUCCGCCGAUCAUACAUGGGAGCUCGUGAGCCCGCUGAACUGGUCGUCCGUUGAGCUUGGAGUCGCCCUCUUCGUCGCAUGUUUGCCCUCCUUCAAAGCUCUGGUCACCUUGCGAUUCCCCUCACUGCGUCGGUUCCUCGGUCUAUCCAGCAACCGAAGCUACCCGGUUCGGUACGAACUCUAUGGAACCUCCGGUCAGCGUACGGAUGUUCCUCAAUCUUGGGGCAGGGCCAGACGAUUCCACAUCGGCCAGACAAAAUUGGGCAGCACCACCACCCACACUCAAACUGAGGUCGAAGCGAGCGGAGAUGGCUCCGAGGAACGCAUCAUAUCCUCUCAGUCUCCAGUGGGGAUUCAGGUCACCACGGAC